CGGGUUGACAAUGUUAUUUGUAUGUUUCAAAUUUUGUUUAGUCACGGAAUGAUUGUAGAAUAAUCAAGAAAAUUCGAUAUAGUAUAAAAGUCAUUUUAAAUUAUUCAUCGUGAACAGUGUUUUGUUGAAAGUGGUAACCGGUCAAUGUUAUAUUGCGACGUUAAAUCGAUACUAAUAUUUAAAACAUGGAGCUCCCCCAUCUGGGUAAGCAUUGCUCCAAAUCUGGUUGCAACAAAUUAGAUUUUUUACCCAUCAAAUGCGACGCUUGCGAUUAUUUAUUUUGUGAUGAACACUACGUUUAUUCUUCACACGACUGCCAAAAUUCCUACAAAAAAAACAACCAAGUACCUGUGUGUCCACUGUGUAACAUUCCGAUCCCCAUUCAGAAGGGUCAGCAUCCGGACUACGUCGUGGGGGCACAUAUCGACUCUGAUUGUCAGAGCGACCCAGCAAAAAACCAUAGAAAAGUGUUCACUAACAAGUGCUCUUAUAAAAAGUGCAAAACAAAGGAGGUCAUACCUGUUAUUUGUAAAGACUGUUCCACAAACUUUUGCUUGAAACACAGACACCCAACAGACCACAAUUGCGAGGGAAAAAGCGCCCGAAAUAAAUGGGUAUUUCAGUCUCAAGUGAGUGCAUCCCAAAAUAUACAAGGAAGUCUAUCAGAAGAUGAGGCAUUAGCCAGAGCAUUAGCUAUGUCAAUGCAAGAUAACAUUUCAUUCAGCAAAAAGACGCAAGAGGAGUUGGAUUUAGCUUUAGCAAGACAGCUUCAAGCAUCUGAGGCUCAGGCAACAACUGCCGCUCGAAGUUCACGUGAUAGGUGCAAUGUUUCAUAAUUUUAGUUGCAUUUUUGACUCUCCCAGGG